AUGACUUACACAAUCACCGUCGUCUUCCCCAACGAGCCCGAUGCCAAAUACGACAUCGAUUACUACACCAACGUUCACAUGAGGCUAAUCGAGAAGCAUUGGACCAAGUACGGCCUCAAAAGCUGGUCCGUCACCAAGUUUGGUCCGUCCUUGAACGGUACACCCCCUCCGUAUGCUGUUGGUAGCCGAGUACACUGGGAAAGUGAGGAGGGGAUGAAGAAAGCAUUUGAGAGUCCCGAGGUGCCGGAGAUUAUGGGGGAUGUUGUUAAUUUCAGCAACAAGCCAGCUAUUUUCUUGUUUGGGGAAACUGUGCAGCCUUCUUCUAAGCCUUGA